AUGUGCAGCGACGAAGAUAAGAAAAGCAAGAGCUGCUUUGGAGGCGUUGCUCGGAUCAAGGCAAAGUGCCUUGGGAACCAUGAGUUCGACGACGGUCCAGAAGCGCUCGCGCUGUUUCUUGAAGCCAUGGAAAAAGCUAACGUGACCGUCGUAAGCACGAAUACGGACUUUUCGAAGGAGCCGGCUUUACGGAAUAUCAGCCUUCCGAAAUCAGUGAUGAUCAAGGUGAACGGCGUAUCUGUGGGCAUUGUCGGUGCAGUACUUCCCGAAACUCGAUUUCUGUCGAAUACUGGUAAAGUGGAGUUUGAAGAUGAAAUUGCGAGCAUUAAACGAGAAGUAGAAAAGCUCGAGGAGGAUGGUAUAAAAGUGUUUGUGGCAAUUACGCACUCGGGAUACCCACGAGACAUCGAAAUCGUGGAGCAAGUGAAGCAAUUGGAUCUACUCGUCGGCGGACACACAAACACGUUUCUGUAUCAUGGUGAAGGCUUUCCCAAGGAAAACGUUCCAGUAGGAGACUACCCUACCAUAGUGAACAGAAGUGACGGUAGCGCAGGUCUUGUCGUGCAAGACUACUGGUUCGGAAAGUUUCUCGGCUUUUUGCAGGUCUACUUUGACAAUCAAGGACAAAUUGUAAACUGGACAGGAAACCCUAUCCUGUUAAACAACUCAGUUGAAGAAGCACUUAGUCGUUUGUUUCCAACUUUUAUCGGUUGUAGCGCUGUGCACAUCAGCAUAAUAUUGAAAUACUGCAUGAGCUCAUAUAUUUAUGCUGCUGCCUUCUCUGUUCCUUCAGACCGAAGUAUGCUGGACCUCAUAGAAUGCUACAAGGAGAACGUGACGAGAGCCAUCAGUGAGGUCAUCGGCCGCUCGAAGGUGGAGCUAGAGCAAGCGGACAGUAUAUGCCGGCUCCGCGAGUGUAACCUUGGGAACUUGAUAGCGGACGGCUUGUUUGCCUACUACGCGGACAAGGAAAGCAGCGAGCCCGACUUCUGGUCUGACGUCAACGGCGCCAUUUUGAACGGAGGCGCUGUGCGCACGCUCAUCCCUCAAGGUGGUGAGCAUAUGGCAUUGACAAAAAAAAAUACUCAGAAAUUUCCCUCUUGCAACAAAGGUAUAACGAUGGGCCAUAUAUUGGCUACAAUGCCUUUCGGCAUGUCGGUCGUCAUCAUGACACUCAAUGGCUCCGAGCUACGAAGCAUGUUUGAGUAUUCAGUCUCCGAGUACAGUUACAAAGAGAAGCAGGGCCGAUUCUUGCAAGUAUCGGGUAUUCGUGUGGCGUAUAACGUGGGGUAUCCUCGUAACUGUCGUGUCGUAUCACUACAAGUCCUGUGCAGGAUGUGCACGGUGCCUCAAUACGAGGAAGUAAGGGACACCGGGGUCUACCGAAUUGUCACCACCGACUACAUUACCAGAGGAGGGGAUGGCUAUAACAAAGCAACGAAUGCCACAAGCGGAGGUCCUGCAGAUUACUCAGUUCUUGUGAACCAUGUCAGGAAGAUGACGCCGGUGAAGUCGGCCAUUGAGGGACGCAUUACAAUUUUCAACGGAUCUGAACGUGCAAUGAUUCCAGGCGACUCUGUCACCAACCCAUCACUCAGGAUGAAAGAGACACUAUCUAAAGAAGGGAGUCCAGAAGUCCUGGCGACACUCUUCCACCUCUAG